AUGUGUUCAGGAUCCCAAAAGAGGGUUUUAAAAGAUUUACAGAAACUGGAGGAAGAGCCUCCAGCUGGUGUGAGUGCUGCCCCGAAUGAACACAAUGUAAUGGAAUGGAAUGCCAUUAUUAUUGGUCCAGGAGACACACCUUUCGAGGAUGGCAUUUUUCGGUUGACGCUUAAGUUCACGGAGUUAUAUCCUAAUGAACCUCCUAAAGUGAGGUUUCUGAGCGAAAUUUUUCACCCCAAUGUCUACUGUGAUGGAAGCAUAUGCCUGGAUGUUCUAGGCGAACACUGGAGCCCUGCAUAUGAUGCAACAACAAUUUUGCUGUCUAUCCAAUCACUUUUGGGUGAUCCAAACCCCAAUUCCCCAGCAAAUUAUGAGGCAGCAACGUUAUUCAUAGAAAACAUUAAGGAAUAUAGAAAAAAGGUGCGCAUUUGUGUUGAGAAAACAUUCCAGAAAUAA